AAGUUUUUCCCGUAAAACACGAAGUUUUUCCCGGAAAAAACAAAGAAAAAAAAAGUCCAUUGCUAUAAACAUUUAAAAGUUUGCGUUUUUAAGAUAAAAACUUCGCUAUAUAAUCCAAUGUUAUAAACGAACAAGGGAAUCGCUUUUUCAGAUAAAAAAUGCGUUUUUUCGAAAAAAAACUUCAGAUAGAUUUUUGAUCUCAAUAUUAGAUAUUUCUUCGUGAUUUUUAGCGCCAUUCUUAUAACAACGCUUUCGAUAGUAAUUUUGGUUAACCACAUUUUUCACAAUGUUUGACUGAAGAAAUGUAUAAAUAGUCGACAAAUAAUCUAUAUAAUGCACAAAUACACAACAAGAUAAAAUGCUGUCUAAAGAACUUAAAAUGUUACUAGCAAUGAAGAUCAGAGAUAACAAAGAGGUUCUUCUUGGGAAACUUAGUCCAUGUGUUACUAUGAGGCAUAGAAAUGGAAUUUGGGAAGAAAUACUGUCAAGUUUAAAUUGUCUAGGGGCUAAAAUUGAAGAUAUUAACCAGCUACGUAGUAGAGAGUGGGAUUAUUUACGACGAGCCACAAUACAAAAAUUUGCUAAAAGUCUAAAAACAGGUGCUGCAGGAAGACAACUUACAGAGUUAGAUAAUGUUGUUUUAGACAUUGUUGACAGGAAGUCUAUAAAUGUAUCUGGAAUUGAUGUUCCAGAUUUUAAUAUCUCUUUUUGUACAAAAGAUGAUGCUUUGUCAUCUACUACCAACCAACUUUCCAGUUCCACAGCCAUCUUUUCCCCAUCAAGUAAAGAAGUAAACUUUACUUUGAAACAAUCUUCUGAUACAGCUUCUUUGUCUGAUACACGAUUUGAUCGUAUGUCCUCCUCCUCCCCUCAUUUAGACAAUACCACUCUUGUUGGUGAUAGUCGUCCAAUGCUUCAAGAUUCAACUCAAAAUAAACCAUCAAUAGCGACAUUAAAAAAUUUAAAAAGAAAACAAGCUCGAGAAAGUCUCUUGGUAGAUGGAAAUUUCAAAAAAUUGAAAGUUAGUGUUUUAGGGUUAGAAAAAGAAAGAUUAGAAAAGGAACAAGAAUUAAGAAUUAAACUUUUGAAAUUGGACGUUGCUCACAGACAACAGCAAAUUCGAAAAGAAAAAGCUUUAACAAUAUAUUACACAACAGCAACAAAGCUAAUGAAUGACAAAUUGCAACCUUUAAACCAGCAACAUUUUAAAAAUAUAGAAACGGAGGAAAUUCUAGAGCAUUAAGGGAAGAGCUAUAUCGUAAUUUUAUGUUAAUUUUCGAAAGAUAUUGUAUAACUAUAUUUAAACAUUUACUUUGAAGGUAUUUAACUGUAGAUUUUUUUAAAGAAAAUAAAAAAAUAACUCCAACAAUUGUUAUUGUAUUUA